UACUGGCAUCUCCCGGACGUGGCGCGAUAUAAAUCCCUUCGAGCUCUUUGCCUACCGACUCGCGUCGUACGCAACCACCUCUUAGUCGAACCCGUCGAACGACCGACGAACCGACGUGUACGCACCCCGCGGACCCAGCCCAACUUCGCAUACUCGUAAUCUCCUCGCAUACACUCCGCCGACUCUUAGACACCAUGGCUUACAUCGAGGCUGCCGCUGUGCCCGUGGACGCGUGCUACCUCGUCAAGUGCGACAGCUGCGGCAAGACGACCUGGAAGGGAUGUGGUCAGCACGCCGAAGCGGUGAUGAGCUCUGUCAAGGAAGAAGACAAGUGCACAUGCGCGCGGUGAAGGGCCUCCUCCCGCCCCCGCGCGCACGAAGACGCGGCCACGGGCGGGGGCUGCCGAAGCCACGCCUCGCGCCAAAUACGUAGACGGCGGUCUUCAGAUCUUGACUGGGGGGGUGUUGCUCGAGAUGGCUGGGAGGAUUGGUUGGGAUUGGGACUAGCAUCAGCCAGGAUGGGGGCGAAUGUUGAUGAAGCUGGAGGGGCGUUUGAGAGGAAGCUGGGAAACCUCGGUGAUGUGUAGUGAUGUAUGGUAGCACGGCGCAUGUAUUCUUCGCGGGCACGAUGGCACGUCGCGGGCGCGUGCCAGCCACGGCGAGGGGUGUAUAUUAU